AUGGCCCUUGAGAGGGCAAGAGAGAGGCAAGAGAGAUAUGCGAGGGAGGCCGAGAGGGAGGCCAAAAGGUGGCCGAGAGACAGGAGAGGGAGAGGGAAAGGCAGGAGAGGGGGGCUUAGAGACAGGAGAGGGAGAAGGAGAGGCAGGAGGGGGGGAGGGAGGGGGGUGGGAGGGAGGGGGGGACAGGAGAGGAAGAUGGAAAGGCAGGAGAGGGAGGCUGAGACACAGGAGAGGGAGAGGGAGAGAGAUGAUAGGGAAAGGGACAUGCAUGAGAUGACCCUUGAGAGGGCCAAGGAGGGGCAGGAGAGAGAUGUGAGAGAGGGCGAGAGACAAGAGAGGGAGAGGGAAAGGCAGGAGAGGGAGGUUGAGAGACAGGAGAGGGAGAGGGAGAGGUAG